AUGGAUGGAUUUGAUGUUUCCCAGGCUCCGCCCGAAUAUCGGGCUGUGGAGCCCAUUGCCAACCUUUUUGUCCUGGGGAUGGGGCUCGGGUGGCUGAUCAACUAUGUCGGAAUGAUAUACCAAUCAUUUAAGGACGAGACUUACGGGAUGGCCAUCAUGCCUCUGUGUUGCAAUAUCGCCUGGGAAAUCGUGUAUAGUUUGAUAUAUCCGUCCAAAAGUCUUAUGGAGCAAGGUGUGUUCAUCGCCGGUCUCACUAUCAACAUUGGCGUCAUGUACGCGGCAAUCAAAUUCGCCCCCAAGGAAUGGAGCCAUGCCCCACUGGUCAUGCGCAAUUUGUCUCUCAUUUUCUUCCUGGCUACCCUGGGAUUUCUCACCGGACAUCUCGCUCUCGCUGCAGAGAUCGGCCAUUCCCUUGCAUACUCGUGGGGUGCUGUGGUAUGCCAGCUGCUCCUCAGCGUGGGUGGACUCUGCCAGCUACUGUGUCGGGGAAGCACGCGCGGGGCCUCGUAUACGUUAUGGCUUUCUCGCUUCCUCGGAUCGUCCUGCACUGUGGCUUUUGCAUCCUUCCGUUGGAUGUACUGGCCUGAGUCUUUUUCCUGGCUCAAUAGCCCUCUGGUUUUGUGGAGCCUGGCGCUUUUCCUCACGGUCGAUGGUUCCUACGGGAUCUGCUACUGGUACGUUCGCCAAUACGAAUUGUCUCUCGAGGAAACUGAAGGGCGCAAAUCGAAGUAA